GGAGCGGGAAGGGUGCUUAUUGUCGACAGUAGCUCCGCCUCAUGAUUUCCCUCCAUCCUGUUGUCUUCAGUAUACUACUCACCUCCCUCACUCUUGUUCUAUGCCUUUUUUGCUGCUGGAUGCUCUCCCAUCACGUUAUCUUGCCGCUCCUCGCCUUUUGCAUGCUUCUCGCUGUCGUGCUGGUUCUAUCAUUAUCAUCCUGUAUCGUAUUUGCUGGUCGCAGGUCGAAGCGUUUGUAUCAGUAGAUUAUAGCAUAAUUCACCCGAAUGCAACCGAUUUUGUCGUA